AUGAUGAGUGGUUUCAUGGGGUCUAUUAAUGCAGGCGAUCUCUUCACUAAUGAGGAGAUCGAUACCAUGGAGCCAAAGAUGGCCCGACGCAUUGUACGCCACAUGUCUGCUUCUAAUAAGACAGUCAGGCUUUGGUUCAAGCUGAUUUUUACCGGACUGGAGCUCCUUCUCGCCUCUAAUUAUAUUACUCUUUGCUCUUCUGCUCCAAUAUUUUCUAAUCCCUCGCGCGUAACUCUUAAACUCUUUGGGGUUCACAUACCUUCGUUUUUUAUCUCAACAAUCCCCUGGUUCACGCUUGCUGCUCAGCUGCUGGUUGCAUUCUUUCUCAUCUUUAACUCCCACAAACGCCAGCUGUUCUUCCUCCUCUAUUUCACAACCGUCUUCUACGUAUUGGCGGGUGUGCCUCUCCUCCUUCUUCAUCUUCAAACUGAUGAGCACGUCAGUCAAGUCUUCUUCUACGUCUGUGUCGCCGGGACUGUCAUUAGCAUACUCACUGAGAGGGCUUCAUACAGAGCCGAUCAGGGACUCUACGAACUUAAGCGAACAGUUAUGGAAAGCAACAAGACGCGCUCUGAGAAGUGA